UGCUGAUUACCACGUUUACAUAAAUCGCCAUUCUACUGUCACCUUCCAUCUGUCAAUCAUUCACGAUACUUUCGAACCUCCAAAUUUUCGGCAAAAAAUUCUACCGGCUGUUUUACACAACGCUAUUCGGACCUUCAAAAUCUUUCGUUAUAAAAUUAUUUCAGCUACCUCAAUGGAAAUAUCAACGACUCGAUCGAAUCUAUCUUAAUCGCAGAUACGACUUGAUUCCCCACGAGAAACGUCCUGAGUUACGUCAUGUCUUGUUUCGGCGGCCACGACGAGCAGAUCUAUCUAAUCGAGAUACUGAUCGAUAAAUUGACAUUGACGCCCGGUAAAAUCAAAGACGUCGGCGGGCAUCCUAUCGUGAUCAAGAUCAAACUCUUAGAUUUCCCAGUGUUCGAGUUUAUGCGAGACGACUCGGACGCGUCAAAGCGCAGUCAAGACAUACGUUUUAUGGUCGGUAAUUGCUGCCUAUUCAUUAAGCGACCGCGGGAUCUGGUCCAGGGACUACGCUCGUCGAGCUUGAAGAUUGGCGUAUUUCGCGCGGGCGACACUUAUCCCACGGCGGAGACCGAAUUCGCUCUGCCAGGUUGUUUGUGCGACCAGAUCGCCAUGAUCGGCAAUGAUCCCGAAAAUCAGCCGAAACCAUUUACGGUGAAGGGCGGCGUUCACCUCGUAGAUCCGGGCGAAAAUCCAUCCGGCACGUUGCACAUGGAACUCGUCGUCGUGGGUCUUGGACGUAUCUUCAAGACGCACUACGAGCUGCGGCCGAAAUCUCUCGUAACCGGUGAACAGGACAAGGAACGGGAGAUUUGCGUGAAGCGAUUCGUACCACCCGAGUUUCUCGACGAGAAAAUCUCCAAGGAUGUGGAGAUUGCUCCAAAACCGGAAGUUAAAAAAGCGAAAGGUAAGGAAGUCAAGAAAGGUAAAAAGAAGAAAGGCAAGAAAUGAUUUAUGUUAUGAUGUUAUUUGAUGU